AUGGCUAAUGCAGCAUCAGGGAUGGCUGUGCAUGAUGACUGCAAGCUGAAGUUUAUGGAGUUGAAGGCAAAAAGAACUUACCGCUUCAUAGUAUACAAGAUCGAGGAGAAGCAAAAGCAAGUGAUUGUGGAAAAGGUUGGUGUGCCUACUGAAGGCUAUGAGGACUUUACUGCAUGCCUUCCUGCAGAUGAGUGUCGAUAUGCAGUCUUUGAUUUUGACUUUUUUACCGAAGAAAAUGUCCCUAAAAGCAGGAUUUUCUUCAUCGCAUGGUCCCCUGAUACAUCUAAGGUGAGAAGCAAAAUGAUCUAUGCAAGCUCCAAGGACAGGUUCAAGAGGGAACUAGAUGGUAUUCAGGUGGAGCUGCAGGCAACAGAUCCAACUGAGAUGGGACUUGAUGUUUUCAAAAGCCGUGUCAAUUAA